ACCAAAUGAAAAUGUCUUCCUUGUCAUGGGUUUCGCAGUUUAAUUUCUCCACUUUGAAACACGGAAGGAUACUAUAAUUUAUGUUUUUUUUCAUAAUUGUAAAGAUGAACAACGGAAGCAAUUCACAGGCACGCUUGCAGCGUGGGCAUUUCACCUUAAAAAGCAGCGGUAGGUGCAUUGUUGGCAUAUAUAAUAAUCGGAAUCCAACAUGGCGUCCGCCACUGCUGAUAUACAUAAUGUUGUGAUUACGUUAUACAAGUUUUACUAGACUUAAGUUUACGUCUGUCGCUGGUUGUGAAAUUCGUUUUGGUAAUUGUUUGUCUUUGCCUGUUAAAGCUGCAUAGAGCGGUUUUCAUUUGAGUGUCGAAAAGUAAUUGGUUUUGCACUUUCUACACGAUGCGAUUGGCUUAAAAGAUUCGCGCCACCUUUUCAUCCAAUCAGAAGUAAAACCAAAGCCAAUUGUGACGCAUUUGCGUCAGCCACAUGUAAUUACUUCGAGUUUUGAUUGGUUCAAUGUAUUGUCUGUGUCCUAUGUGAUUGGCCAGAGUAAUUACUUUGGUUUUGGUUUUACGACACUCAAACGAAAACCACUCUAUCCCAAAGGAUGGGCGCCAUGCCCUACGGUAUGGAUAUAAAAUGACUAAUUAUUAUUCAUCGGAAUUCAGCUUCUCGAUCUUUGAAUGUUUUGUGGUCGACACUGGCUCUUGUAUGCACAUGCAGUGACUAGGAUCACGCAGUUUUUAAGUAUGCCGAUUAAAUUCCUGGAUUAUUUGUUUGAAAUUAAUUGAAAUAUUUUUCUUUUCGUUCCUGAUUAACAUUAUCUAAGCAUCUGAAUUAAUAUUUGUAGCACUUGCCCCAACAUCUAUGUCUUAUAUGGGACAGGACUUCAUAGCAAACCACAUGAAAUCUCACUACAGGCGCAUACUGUCAGCAAAAGGUAUUCAUUAAAUUUGUCACAAUUUCUGUACAUAAAGUUAACAGUAAGAAAUGUUAGGCCUGCUUCAGACGCCAAACUUUUCUUGAGCGAAACUAAUUUGAAUUAAGGCCCACCCAGAUUAUUUAGACUGGCUGAAUUGAUUCAGAUGCCGAUCUUAAUUCCAGCCAAAUUAAAUUCAAAAGGAGACAAAUGCUCUUUUCAGUCAAGCUGCUCGCAAAAUACGUAAUUUUAUAAACUAUGCAUUAGGUAAGGCACAUGAAAAGUUUGCCGUCUGAAUCAAAGUCAGUCCAUAGUCAAAAUUCCCGGCCAGGCUAGGCGGAAAGAAUGGCUGGGCCUUUCCACAUUGAAAUAGGCAUUCCUAAUUGAUUCAGACGCUGAACUUUUCACAUACCUAAUUCAAUGUACAUUAGGUUCGGCUCAUGAAAAGUUUAGCGUCUGAACUGCAUGGGCCUUAGAGAUAUGAGGUCAACAAUCUUGGAGUUGGUUGAAAAGAUAAAAAACAAGAAACAAAACAAAAAGACAAUAACAAUCAGGGAAAUGCAAAUUCGUGGUUAAGUAGUGGUUGUGUAUUUACAGUAGCUCCUUUAGUUUAGUCAUGAUCAAAUAAAAUAUAAUAAUAUGAAAAAACCCCAAAUAAUUAGCAAGAGAAAAGGCAGUCAAAUGUUCUGCAGUACUAAUUUACCAGCUUGGCUGAGGAGUUAAACUUGGGACUAUUCAUUAGUUGUCUAAGCGGGACUGGUACCUAGCUAGACCUCCAGAUUGCAUGUCAGACACACAUGGUCCACUCGGCUAAUCUGCUGUCUUCUGUACAAUAAUAAAGACAGGCUUAUAGCAUGGGCAGAGCUUGGGUACAUGUGAUAUGCUUUUAUCAGAACUAGCAUAAACUUACCAGUCCAAUAAAGACCCUGGUUGGUGGUCUAGACCAAGAGUUGAAUAUCCCAGCAUGUCCUGCAUGCCUUGCAGACUAGCAACUGCUGAGAGCUAACUCAGCAGUUAAAUUAGUUUGAUGUAGUUUAACUCCAUCUGGUAUUGAAAAGGUGAUUGUUUAUAUUAUAACUUGCUUACAAGGCCAAGCUGCUCUUGUAUUAACCAGUAUCUAAACAAUUUUGUUUGCUUAUCAGCUGCUGUUGAUACGUCACCUCCAAAAUCUAUGAAAAUGCAUAUGAAAGGUGAGAAUCCAACUAAAACUGCAAAGCCACCACCAUACAUGUGUGUAAUCCUUGAGCACGACAAAACACAACUAAUUGCAAGAGAAAGAAACUUUCCAGUCACAGGGUCGAGUGAAAGGACACUUUUUUGCUUGGGUUAACAAACUGAGGAAAAGCAAUCUUAUGGCCAUGGAACUUAAAAUAUUAUUUCACUUAGUAAUAUUAAUAAUGAUCCAUUUUUCAGUAUAGAUUUUCUUGACAAAUUUGUCUCUCUCUGUGAUUGCAAACCUUUAACCAAGAGAGCUUUAACCUCAGAAUUGCAGGCUUACAGCUGAAUGUUUUGUAGGAGGUUUGAAGGUUCAUGGUUUAUAGCAGAAUAAUUGAAACAGUAUUACAAGGAAAAUAUGCGCCUCAAAUUUUGAAACAGGUUUUGAUGAAAAAGGUGCAUUUUAAUCUUGGGUAUUGUAAAUUACCUAAUAAAUGCCCAGGGCGUCUAUUUAAUUCUAGGGGUCAAAGCAGGGGCAUUUAAUAGAUUAAGGAGGUGUUUAUAAGACAAAGGCGUGCAUUUAUUCUCAUAACUGUAACAAGCUCUACAAAACUAAUAUGCUUUCAGCAAAAAUAGCAAGAGGCCCUUUACGGUUAAUAUCGUUAUGUUUUUAAUUUCUCUCUGAGUGUAUAGUUCGUGAUCAAAAGAAGCGUGCUGCUCUCGAAAGCAGAGCUGGAACUCCACUAUCAUUGACAGCUAGGGUGAGUGUUGAACACUCUCAUAGAAUAAAACAUGUUUUAGAGACCUUGUAGUGAGAUUUAGGACACUACUACAUGGUUAUAGUUAAUAAUGGUAAUAGGACUGAGUAGAGUCCAAUUUGGUCUGUAAUCAUUAUUACAACUGAUUAACAAACUAUUGGAUGACCAUGUAGCAGGAGUCUGAUUUGUUCACAUGUAAUCACCAGUAUAGCAGACCUAAUUGGACAAUUCGAAGUUCUGUUACCAAUUCAAUUAUAACUAUAACAAAAUUUGUGAUAUUUAAGGCUUAUUUCUAAUUAAAACACAAGAAAUUUCGAGAGGUUUUUUGCUAGCAGUGAAAAAAGCCAUUUAAGUGGGCGCAUGCAAUGGUGUAUACUGUCCAAUUACUUAGGCAUAACACGUACUGUCCUACACUGUCCUGUUAGUGCUGAAAUCAGGACAGUUGACGGCCCAUCAGAUAUUAAUGAUAAUUUUGUUAUAGUAAGCUGUUAUGAUUAAUAGUGACAUCGGUUGCAACACUUGACAGUGACACUUUUUUUAACCAUUGAAUGUAGGUAUGGUACUCUAUCAUCCAGUUGUUAUUUUUAACUUGUUUUAUUUCUGUAUACAUGUGUCUGAAGUCCUUACACACUGAAUACAUGUAGUGUUAAAUUAAAUGUCGAAAGGUACUAAAUUAGAAUGGAUGUAAAACCUCUUAAGUUAUCACUAAGAAUUAUUCAAAUUACCAUGCCAUUUUCAGCAUGUUUCAACUGAAUAAUUCUUUUUAGAGCCCUUCCAUGGAGUUCUUGACCUCAUCAUUCAAUGAAACAUCUCCCAUGAUCUCAGCCAGAGGUCUCCGGUCUCCAGACCCAAGACUUGUCAGUGCCACAUCUGCAUGGUCUCCAGAUCAACGACCACCCACAGGGAAACCAAUUCAGAGAAGUCAGUCUGUACAAUCCCUUAACAGGGCUUACUCCACUGCCACACCAUCACCAUCACCAAGAGAUAUAUUGACAACACAAGGCCAGUCAACACCAAGAUCAGCCCGGCACCCACAAUUGCGGGCACCAACUUCACCCAUUGCAAGAAAACCAAAGCAGACUCUAAAAACAGCUCAUCGAUUGGGGCAGAAGAAAGAUCUGAGGACUGCACCAUCUCUUGAUAGUUCAGAUCAAGGAAUGACAAAUAAUUACUUGGAUGAAAAUGUUAGGACACUUUUGGGCACUAACGAUGAGCCUGAUAAUUUGAAAGUUCCCAUGAGAGCUGGUUACAAUACUGGUGAAGAAGGAUCACAAGAAACUGACAUAUCACAUAGCUUGAAUUAUAAUACAAGUAGUAACAUAAGGCAUAAUGCAGUACCAAGGCUUGACCUAACACAAGUGUCAUAUAGUCACAGAGGCCGUCCGUCAGUAAGGAUGAAUGAUUUAGCUGACUUCCAGGCAAACUUGUGGUGGGUGCUUAUUUUAAUGUGUGUCCCACUUUUUAACCUCAGACACAUGCCUCCCGUUUUCACCUCCCCUCAGAGAUUUCAGAGAUUCAAACACAGGACAAUACCCAAGUUUGUCUCCUCAAGUGACCAACCCUCUUUCUCAAUCAAAAUCCUAGAACUACCCUUGACACCCAGGGGGUACUCCCUUACAUAAGCCAUAUAUAGGUAUGUGCCGCCCCAACGGGUGGGGUUUUUGGACCUUUUUGGUCUGAAAGCGGGGUAUAGACUUUCCCCAGUUUGGUCUGGAAUCGGGUAUGGUUUUCGAGGGAACUACAGGAGUGUAUGAAUGUAUUUAUUGUUUCAAUUCCAAAUGAAUAAGAACAACAAUUUCGAAAUAUGAGAAUUUGAAAUGCAUUUGAAGAAUUUUUUUUGUUUGCGCUCUAUUCUAAGUAAUGAUGAUAUAAUUUCUGGCUAAAGGCCAGGUCUGAAAACAGGUGUGGAAAAUGUCAUAUUUUUUGGUCUGAAAAAGGGUCAGGAUUUUGAGAACUGGGUGGCACACCCCCACCAAGAAUUUCCAGGAGUAACCCCCCCCCCCCCCCCCCCCCCCCCCCCCCCCCAACUGGGUGGCACACCCCCACCAAGAAUUUCCAGGAGUAACCCCCCCCCAGCCCACCCCCGGGCCUUGACAUCAAUCCAGAAAGUAUUCUAUGCAUUCCCCGCAAAAGGUGCAGCAUGCUAAGAAAGUUGUGCCCGAUAGCCAGUGCUGUUUUUUGGGAAAUUCAAAUUACAGAAGAAUUGUAAUCAAUCCUGCUAAUCAAAAGGGUUUUGGGGAUAGUUGAAAUAACUUGUGGGCUAGUACAUAGUAGCUACAGCUUGCCCGAAUGGCAGGUGGUAAAACUGGCUUUCUUUGCAGCCUGAGGUGACAAAAGGGAAGACAAACAAUUUGAAGGAAAUUGUAACACCUACAUAUGCUGUGCUGAAUUAUAAAGUUCCUUAAAGUUCCUUGGGUGUGUGUAUUAUAGAUUGCUUGUUGUGAACAGCACCAUACAUGUACUUUGAUUUGUAGGGAAGAGGAGCAGAGGUACCUUAAAUUUAUUUCUGAUGUUACCACAGACAUUUUAGCAAGAGGAAUCUUCAGCAACAGGUACAUGAUUUAAAGUAGGUUUCUAAAAUUAUUACUCUUUAUUAAAAUAAGCUCAGAAAAAAAAGGAGCAGGGAAAGUGGGAGAGAAAAGAAUGAGGAGUACCAUAUAAAGGGAUGUGAAUUGAGAUGGAAAUAGUGGUAAAUUAUGUAGGAAAUAGAAUAAGGAAUUGGAAUUAGCAGAUAGGGGUAGAUAACCAGAGAGAAGUGGGGCAGGGAAAUCAGUUGGAAUGCAUGCAAAUUUUAUUAAAAAAGGAUAGGAACUGAACAAGAAGUGAGCAAGUAUUCAGUGAUUUUGUUACAAAUAGUUAUGGUGAGUCUUGGGACUCAUCUUGUGAAAAAACAUAAGUCCUAGUCCAGAACCAUUGGGUCCCAGUUCAAAAAGAAUGAUUCCCUGGGUCUUUUGGUAACCACACAGUUAAUCCAAAGACAGACUCCAAAACUUUGUAUUACAGUUUACUGAAAUAAAAAUAUACUCCUUCUAUUGUAAAGCACAACAAAGACUAAAAGAAAUAAGUGUCAUUUAACUACAGCCACAAGAACAGCCACAGAAAUCACACAAACAGGAAUAAAACAUCUUCAGAUUGAUCAAUCGAUCUUUGCGUCCUACAGGACGCAUACCACAAAAUAUUUUGUGUCUUUGGGGAUUUUUAUGCUUCAGGGACACAGGAUGCAGAGGUAACAAAAUCACUGAGUAUUGAGAGAGUAAGGACAUAUGCUGGCAGAGAAAAUGGGAAAAAAAAAUGGGAUAAGAGAGGAUAGAAGUGGGAAAUCAUGGACAGGAAACUAACAGAGAACUUAUGAGAACACCAGGAAGCUCAAGAAUGGAAGAGGAUGAUUAGAGAGGAAGUGGCCACUUCCAUCUCAGCUCCCAAACCCCACCCAGGAACUGGAAAAAUAAGGAGGGAAGAAACAGGAAUGGGAACUAACAUUAAUUCCUCUCCCUGCGGGAAAAUGGUGGUGGAAAUAAGAUGUAUGGAAGAAAAAUAACAUAUUCUGCUACAUAAGAAAAUAAAUAUAUUAAUAUAAAUUUACUUUUCUGUCUAGAGUUAGAUUUAGAGUGCAUUUUACAAUUUUGAGGUGUUUUUGUCACUUGUAGGGUUCUUCAGCAAGUUUUUGAAAUGCACAUUGAAAGAAGAAAAGAAUAUUUAGAUGAGGUAAGUUUAAAAGAACUCCUAUGAAAAUAAAUAAUGCUUUUAACAUUGUACUGUUAUUCUGGUGGGGUAAAAAAGUGGCUUUGUGGGGAGGAAGCCAUUGUGAAGAGGUGGCCAUUAGUAAAAUUCCAUAGGGUGCAAAGAAAGUCAGUUUUACAGCUAAUUGGCUUUUGUGAAUACAUGUACUAACCUAAGAGUCAUUGUAACAAGCCCCCCAAAAAUUCUUGACCAGCGGGAUUGAUUGCAGUUCUUCUAAUAUUUGAAUUCCCCCAAAAAACUUCACUAGCUUAUCGGGCAAGUUAAGAACAGAAUUAACUUGGCCAAUAGCAAAUCCACUAGCCAUGGGCUAUAGGACAUGACUCUUUGCACACUGAGUCUCACUGUCAGUUUUGGAUUCAAUUGUAGAGAUGUUGAGAAAAUGAGGUUUGGAGAUUAUUUGGAGACCCUGUAGUGUGUUUAGGACAACUUUGAAUCUUGCUGUAUUACAAGUCAUCGGCAUAUCACUGAGAAGUUUGAGAAAACUGGGAAAUAAAGCACCCUUAUAACCCUAACUGAGUAUUUGACUAUUAAAAUCAGCAGAUAUGGCAAACAUUACAUAUAAUGAGUUCUAUCCUUUCCAGAGCCAUAUGCGGGAGAUGAUUGAACAGCUAAAGGAAGACCUAGGUAUUACAGAUAGCUGACAAGCACUCUAAAGAAUAAGUUACAUGUACUUACAUAUACCUGAAGGCUGCUGUCCAGGAG